AUGGCAGCCAGGGAAGAUGCUCGCAAGGACCGUUUCCUGGCAGUGGAACAAACCAUGCAGAAAAAUUUUAUGGAUCAUAUUCGUGAGCUACAGAGGGAGAAACAGGAGUUUCUCACAUCUGUGUUUGGUAGCCAAAGUCAACGCUUAGGGCACCCACAUAAUAUGCCUCCCCAAUACAGUCACUCAUAUCCCCAUUUCAAUCCUGCACCGUACCCAGCACCAUAUGAGUAUACUCAUCCCCAACCACCCCCUACACAGAGGCCGGUAGAUGCUAAUGCACCGGUGUACCAAGCACCGUAUGAGUAUACUCAUCCCCAACCACCCCCUACACAGAGGCCGGUUUAUUCUAUUGCGCAGGUGUACCAAGCACCAUAUGAGUAUAAUCAUCCCCAACCACCCCCCACACAGAGGCCUGUGGAUCCUAAUGCACUGGUGUACCAAGCACCGUAUGAGUAUACUCAUCACCAACCACCCCCUACACAGAGGCCUGUGGAUCCUAAUGCACUGGUGUACCAAGCACCAUAUGAGUAUACUCAUCCCCAACCACCCCCCACACAGAGGCCUGUGGAUCCUAAUGCACUGGUGUACCAAGCACCGUAUGAGUAUACUCAUCACCAACCACCCCCCACACAGAGGCCUGUGGAUCCUAAUGCACUGGUGUACCAAGCACUGUAUGAGUAUACUCAUCCCCAACCACCCCCUACACAGAGGCCGGUGGACCCUAAUGCAGUGGUGUACCAAGCACCGUAUGAGUAUACUCAUCACCAACCACCCCCUACACAGAGGCAUGUGGAUCCUAAUGCACUGGUGUACCAAGCACCAUAUGAGUAUACUCAUCCCCAACCACCCCCUACACAGAGGCCGGUGGACCCUAAUGCAGUGGUGUACCAAGCACCGUAUGAGUAUACUCAUCACCAACCACCCCCUACACAGAGGCCUGUGGAUCCUAAUGCAGUGGUGUACCAAGCACCGUAUGAGUAUACUCAUCACCAACCACCCCCUACACAGAGGCCUGUGGAUCCUAAUGCAGUGGUGUACCAAGCACCGUAUGAGUAUACUCAUCACCAACCACCCCCUACACAGAGGCCGGUGGACCCUAAUGCACCGGUGUGCCAAGCACCCUACAGAACAGUGAGAUCUUCUACACGGAACAUUGGCAGCUAUGAGAAGGUUGCUGCACUCUCCUAA